AUGGAGCGUAUCAAGAGACUUUGGAACCAGAUGAUGAGGAAGAAACGGUUAACAGGUGACAUCAUGGAAACCCCACUGAUGCGUUGCUUAGGCACGUGUGAGCUGAUGUUGUUUGGUCUUGGUCACAUGAUGGGUGCGGGAAUAUACGUCGUCACGGGGUCUGUUGUGAGUAACAUCGCAGGACCAGCAACGGUCGUGUCAUACGCAAUCGCGGGCUUUGCUGCUUUCCUCUCCGCCAUUUGUUACGCCGAAUUCGCGGCUAUGGUGCCGAAGGCCGGGUCUGCCUACGCCUACACUUACGUUACAAUAGGCGAGUUCUGGGCCUUCGUGAUUGGUUGGAAUAUCAUCUUAGAGCACCUGAUAUCCGUGGCAUCUGUAGGGCGUGCAUGGAGUGCCACUUUCAUGACGUUGAUCUCAUCUGGAAACACUUCGUUCGUAGAACCGGAAGUGGAGAUUGACCAAUGGCUAGUCGUCAAACCCGACUUCAUCGGAGCUAUAGCCAUAGCCGUGAUAACGGUAUUUCUGGUGAUCGGUGCCAAAACUUCCGCCGGCGUGAACAAUUUCCUCACUCUCACUAAUGGUGCCGUGAUUCUGGUGGUCGCGAUUGGAGGAUUUUGUUUUGCCGACUUGUCCGUUUGGGACAAAGAAGGCUUCAUGCCCUACGGGGUGAAGGGCACCAUAGGGGGCGCUGCUGUUUGCUUCUACGCUUUCAUUGGUUUCGAAGGAAUCACCAUCGCUGGAGAAGAGGCACGCGAUCCAGCACGUUCUAUGCCGAAAGCCAUUAUGGGAGCUAUGGCGAUCGCGACCAUUGCGUACGUGACGGCGACGCUGGCUUUGACGCUGAUGGUGCCGUACUAUGAAGUCGACUCAGCCGCAGCAUUUCCAGUGGCAUUCGGAGACAAGGACGUCGGCUGGUUGAAAUACAUCGUCACCGGAGGUUCAUUGUUCGGCAUUACGGCCUCCAUGCUCGGCUCGGCCUUCGCGCUAUCUCGAUCCAUAUACGCCUUGUCAAACGACGGCGUUUUCUUUAAGUUUUUUGCCAAAGUCAAUUCCAAAACACAGACUCCAGUCGUAGCAAUCCUGGUAUUCAACUUGUUUGCCGCCGUGUUGGCCUCACUGUUUGAAGUAGAAGUUCUCAUAGAAUUCAUGGCCAUCGGCACGCUGCUCGCCUACAGCAUUGUGGCGGCUAAUAUAGUCGUAAUUCGGUAUAGUCCGGCAGAUGAAGGAGACAUCUCGACUGGGCCAGAAAUUCCCGGACAGGAUUUACAGGAAUUCGUCAAAGUAUGCGAGAGUGAAAACAUUAUCAACAGUGACAAAGAAAAAGCCGUGGUGAAAUUAAAACCUAUGUUCGAAAAUCUUCCAGGUUUGCGCUCUGUCAAGAGUGGAAGAGCAGUCAUAUAUUCCUUAGUGGCGAUGGUUGUCUUGCUGAUUGUCACAAGCAGUGUCGUGGCAUUCGGAGCAGAGUAUAUACAAGAAAGAAACUGUUGGGUUAUAACUCUAGUAGUGAUUCUAGCCAUCGGCAUUGCUCUGUCUCUGUUUGUAAUCUCAGCACAUCAACAAAACAACGCAACAACAACAUUCCAGGUUCCGUUUGUACCCGUGAUUCCGAUGGCCAGCAUCUUUAUCAAUGUCACCCUAAUGAUGCAGCUGUCCACGUUCACAUGGCUCAGAUUGCUUGUCUGGCAAACCAUAGGUUUUCUGAUAUAUUUCGGUUAUGGUAGAGCAAACAGUAACGAAAAUAUCCCAUUGAGUGCUGAAAGUGAAGUGAAGUACGACGGAAAAGCCAUUUGUGAUAUACGGGCAUCAAACAGCAAUCUACUACAAGAUGAUGGCGCUCUCAACAUGAUGACAGCAAACUCAGCACGAUGUCAGACGACUCAGCAUGAUGACAGCAAACUCAGCAUGAUGUCAGACGACUCCGCAUGA